AGGUUCAAGUUCAGUGCUGUGUGGUGCGCCGCGGGGAUCGGACCUCCUCAAGCUGCUCGCGACCUCGGGCGCAAUAACAGCUACAAAAUUACUCUUGCACGUCCUUCAGCACCGCGCAUCUCUCCUAUACUGAAGGUCGGUCGGGCGCAGGAGGAACCAUGAGGAGGCUCGGCACCACCUGGAUGAGGCUCGUGGCCCUGCUGCUCGUACUCGGCGCCGCCUUGGCCACGAACACCAUCGGCUCGGGCAAGCGGGGCAAGCUCUCCCUGCAGUACAAGGGCCGCAAGGACUUCAAACCGAUCACCGGCACCUACCCCUCCGUCGAAGCCAAGGAAUACUACCAGAAUCCCAAGGGAGCCAAGAUCACUAAGUCCUCCCACUUCAACUACCAAUACGUCCUUGGGCACAAGAUCGUCUUCCUCUGCGUCGCAAAAGGCACACCCAUCCCCCAGAUAACCUGGUUUAAGGAUGGAGUCGAGCUCUAUGCACACAAGUACAUGCAGCUGCAUGAAUGGAAGACAGGAAACCAAAUGAAGAGCAAGAUGGAAAUCGACCCAGCCACACAAGCAGACGCAGGCAUCUAUGAGUGUCACGCUAAUAACAAGUAUGCAGUUGAUAUCAAGGCAUUCAGAACAACUUACAUUGCAAACAAUCAGUAGAGAAGUGACUACAAUAUAUAUACUAAAAGGGAUGUGAAUUCUAAGAACUUUUUAGGACUGAUAAGCAAUAUUUUCAAUAUCUGAUAGAUAUACUUGUUGUUAAGCAAAGUAAAUAAACAAAGGUAAUUAUUAGAAAUUUAGAACG